CCGUAACGCCGACGGUCGAGCACGAGCUACCCUCGACAGGCUGCGACUGCUAUGGCUAUUGACCGAACUUGGCGGACCGGCCGGUCAGCUGUGCGCCGAGCCGCCGGAGAAGAUAUUUUCUCUGGCAGAAAAUCGUCCGCGUAAAGUCGUUACGGGUUCGCGGAGGAUGGCAACGGCGAGAAUAUACAGUGGGGGCGUUGAAAAUACAAUCCGGUGUCCCGUUAUAAAAUUGUGAGCUUCUACAUCGAGAUCGGCAAAGGUGGAAAUAAGGUAGAAAGAACGGGCAGGAAGACAGAGCCCGAUAGAGAGGCCGGAGACAGAGUACGUGUCAAUUGUCGUAAACGAUUAUUGCUCCCGAUAGAUGGAGAAAUUCGUGGUGUUUCUCAGUGCGCGACGUCGAGGUACCUUCCUUCGUGAAGUCGGAGACACAGUCUAGCUUCGACGAGUGAAAGCCGAAAACUUGGGACCGUUCUCCGGUGCACCGUGCACGGUGUGCGAAAGAUAAAGUCUGUAGAAGGAGUAGGAGAACGGUGAGAAAAAGACAGUGGGGACGAGCAAAGGAAAAGGGGAGAAAUAGGGGAGAGAAAAAGAGAAAGAAGUUCGAGACUUGGCCCACGGUUGGCAGUCGGCAUGUAGACCGGCUGUGCACGGCAAACGGAGUGAAAGAGAGAAAAGAAGAGAAGUGGAAAGCGAAUCAGUCUGUCGCUGCUGUCGGAGAAGGAAAGGAAUAGUGGAGAGGGAAGAAAAAGAGAGAGAAAGAGGCAGUGUGUCGACGAGAAGAGCGAAGGAACGACAGCGGUAGAGAUAAAGAGAGAGGAUUAUAACGGGGGAAAGAAACAAACGGAUAGAUAGGUGUCGUGCACAUAUGUGCACGAAGUGACGUGUGUGCAGGUGUGCGCGUGGUGCAGGCCGCCGGUGCAAAAAGUGCAGUGCCCAGUGGACUUUUCCAUCCCGUGGACAGGAGGUGCGUGCGCUGCUUCGACGAGGAGGCACGUAUAACACGUCGGUGUUUCGGUGUGAACUGACCGGAGAACGAAAAGGAAGAGCAGGUAGUUCGGUACCACGGAUUUUUCGAGUAGGAUACCGCCGCGAAGCUACCAGAGGGAAAGAUCGGUCCAAGUGUACAGGAGGUCAUCGUAGUGCAGUGUCGAACUUGAGAAACGCCGAUUGAAUUCGCUCGAAAAGUUGAAAGCAACGGAAUAGAUCGGGUAUAAAAAAGACGAUAGAAGACCUGUUCUCUUCGAUAGGACGAACAGAAGAUACCGAGGAGAAAUAAAAGGAUAUACACGGUGACGAGAAGGUGAACAAGAUAGCAGAAUCGUCCGGUACCGAUCUGCUUUACCGACGGAUCUACGGUAACUCGCUGUUGGUAAAGUGCUGCCGCUGGGUAAUCCAUCGAGGAAGGAAGAGAACGCUCGCGAAACCGAGCAGACGCGCACCAGUCGCGAAUUUGUGGUGGUCGUGAUAAGGGCAAGCGCAGAUGUGUUCCGUUUCGUGAUCGACAAUCUGUGCGCGGAUCGUUCGAACCUACACUGAAAGUGUGAUACGACAAUUACGAAGGAUACGCGAGAACAUUCCUGAUCAGUUUUCUUUUUUUCAUCGCUAGAUCGACGAUCGACUGGGAGGUAACGACUACAGUGAUAUUAGACUGGCACGUUUUUACCCGCGAACCGUGACAACCCUAGACUCAAGCUGCUCUGCUCAUCGUCGUAACACGAGAACUGCUUCGUAACUAUAUCUAACUCGUCUCGAAUUAACGAGCUAUCAAGACGGCACAACGGACAGCAGCCGGUAGUUUUACCACAAUUAAGCGACGGUGAAGGUUACGAGGAUCCGAAGCACCGAAAGUCCUUCACGAACUCCAACACGUGAUCGGGGAUUAGUUUUGCGAAGAGACACGAACACUUUUUGCACGGGGAACGAUAGGAAUUGACACGACCCAAUGAAGGACAGAAAGGAGUCAUGUUAACGGACACGUUAACUGUAAUUGGCUGGCCAGACCAAUUCGUAUUAAAUCGUGACGAGACGUGCGCAUAGGCCUCGAUCCGGGGACCAACGAUAUCGUUCGCCGCAUUGAGAUUAGAUCCCCCGACACGGAACGUGUUGAAAACCCUUGCCGUAUAACGGAACCACCUGGGACCAGGAAUCAGCCACUGGACGAAGUACCGAUUUCCAACCGCGUCGAAAGAGAAAACGUUUUCAACGAGAGGAGGAGGAGGUGGCGGCGGCUUACGGAAGCGUGUGUGGAUGUGUCGUGAUGCGAGUGACCUUGCGACGCGGCUCGACCACCGAAGAAGCACAUUCACGUUUUUAGCCCACAAGAGAAUCUGCCGAUGCUGAACAUAGUUGCUUAACGGUGCACGAAACUGACAACACGACGUGAUCGACUAGUCCGCGAUCGAGGUUGACCUCCCGAGACGAUGAAGGGUGACUCGCGGGGCACGACCGAGGCUCAGGACUCGCCGGAAACCAGCAACUUCUCGAGCUCAAACGCGAGUGCCGUCGUGGAAGCCGGCUUCAAUAAAACGUAGUCGUGACCGGGGAAAGGUUGGAUGAUCGCGAGCUUCGGGCCGAGCGAUGAAGCGGGCGACGAACGCAUCCGCCGCAGCUGCGACCGCUGCCUCGCAGGUGGAGCAGCCUGCGGUCAACUUACAGAGCAGGAUACACGAUCUGAUUAACCCGAUAACGGCAGCGGGUGGCAGCGCCGACAGGGACGAACACGAGAAGAUCGCCGAGACGAAAUUCCGAACGGACGCGAGCAAACUAUCGUCGCCCAAGAGGAUCCCGAACGAUGACACUAAAGCCAAGUCCACGGUCAUGUCACGACUGUUAGCGGUCGACGCGGACAAUUAUAUGCUUCGACAAGGCGCCGGUACGACGACCGCCGGUGCUGCAACUGUGGCCUCGACAUCACCCACCUCGUCGUUCGCGACAUCGACACAAUCCACCGGCACGGCCACCUCAGCCCCCACGAAUUUAAUUCUGCGCCGUGAACCCAGACCUCUACAGCCUCAGACACGCACCUUCCUUACCAACGUCACCAACGCCGCGUACAAUGAUUUCCAAAUGACCCUUUCGACGAGUUUCGCCAGCGCCACUCCCGUCACAUACACCGGCGAGCCUCAGGCCUCGGAAUCGAACAGGUCCAGAGCUGGUAAUCUCGUGUUACCUGCGUCCAGGCGGCACCCUGCCACCCAGCAGACCUAUCCUGUUAACGAUACUUCCACCGUCGCCUCCACCUCGUCCUUUCCCUCCACUUCUGGCACGACGUCCAGCAGCAGUUUGAUGAACGGUAACGCAACCCUACAGCGUUACGUUACCAACCGGCCACUGUUAAAGUUACCACCAUCCUCGACGUCGUCGGCGCAGAACGCGACCUCGUCGAGGGACGGUUCGCGUUUGCCGCCAGACACGAUUCACGAGACAUGCGACGAGAGGGGCGGCAACAGAAACGAGAAAUACGAACUGAAUUAUUACAAAGAGGGCUUGCCGGAUUUGCUUCCGUGUUACACGGAGGUCUGGAGAGGGUUUUUUCCCUGCGCUCGGCCGGUAUCGUUUCACGAGUACAUGUGCCUUUGCGAGGAUGUUGCGCGGCUGAAGCUGCAGCAGCAGCAGCAUCGCAACGCGAUAUUCCGGAACACCGGCGCACCGUCGGUGUCCGCUUUGUGCGGGAGUAUCCGCGUUAGAGUGGCGGCGGAGGGCGGCGAUUCGUAUUCAAUUGGUCACGAGGGCUCGGGUGGUGGUAGCGGGCAGCGCGCCCUUGUCAAGGGCAUAGGAGGCGGCACCGAGCCGCCCGCGCUCGACCGAACAUACGCUGAAUUCACUCGUAUUACGGGCUGCUGCUGCAUGUGCGGUUCUCUAUGUCCCACAGACUGCCAUGCGUGCUUCCACGUGGUCUGCUCGGAGUACAGCGGGCAGCACCUCUGCCAAUGGAGUAGCAAGGGCCACGCGCUACCGGCCCAGGUUCUCGACAAGGACAAGCCCGUGAACGAGUGGACGUGCCAAAACGUCGUCGAAUGGAUGGCGGCCCUAAAUCUGUACCGCUAUGUGGACGUUUUCAAGUCGAAGGGCAUCAAGGGCAGCGAUCUUCAGCACCUGGACCGGGAGAAGCUCUUGAACAUGGGCAUCAAGGAUGAGUUCCAUCAGAGGAACAUCUUGGCCUGCAUCGAGGAACUACUUCAGCCGCCCUCGGCGACCUCGUACACGGAGGGGACGGGUCCAGCCGCAAUGGCCACCGACUCGAUUGGUAGCGAGGCCGCGAUCACCGGCAACCCGCACACCCUUAUGCCGCAGAGCUUCAGCGUGCUCGAGAAGUGCGACAAGUGCCAUAAAUAUCUCAGAGGUCUACUGCAUCAAGGUUUUCUCUGUCUAGGUUGCGGCCUGGUGGCGCACAGGACGUGUUCAGCGACGGGUUUGCCCGCGAACUGCGUGCCAGUCGACGCGGAAAAUCCUAUCCAAAGAAUUACUCCGGUAUUCGGACUCGGCCUGUGCGCACAAUUCGACACCACCGUCCACACCGCUCCAGUUUUAGUGGAACGAUGCAUCCGUAUCCUAGAGGAGAAGGCCGCCGAGGAGAGCACACUGGAUCUGUACAAACUCUACCACAGUAGCCCUUCGAACGAGCAAACCCUGGAACUGCGACAAAAAUUGAACGAAGAUGUGUGCAACGCCGAUUUGAAUUCCUACACACCUCAGUGCAUCGCGAGUGUCCUUAAAAAGUUUCUGCGCGAAUUGCCGGAUCCUGUGAUUCCUGUACUGUUUUACGAUAGGUUUAUAGAAGCUUCGAAUGUUAAGAACGACGAGCAGUGCGCGAUACGCUUGACGCAGCUGGUCGACGAACUGCCAGACCACCAUCGUAGCACCCUCUACCAUUUAAUGGCUCACUUCUGUCGGAUUUGCCAGUUACAGCACAGAAGAGGUUACACGGAACCUCCUACGAUCCUUACGCAAGUUCUGUGUCACAUCUUCGUCAGGCCACCUUGGGAACGGAUCAUCCAAAUAGUUCAUAAUAUCGAAGCACACAUACGAAUAAUGGAGAUACUAUUGCUACACGGCGAUUGGAGCGAGAAAUUGCCACAGUUCGCGAGUCCACCGCAGUUACCGCCGCGAAAAGUCUCGAGGCCACAGUUUCCAGUUUUAGAUCCGUUCUCCUUGCUGGAGGAAGAUAAGUCCAUGGACCGGUCGACGUCGGGUGCGGAGAACAAGGACCAACAAUUUCCGCACAGACCACGCUCGCUUCAGGAAGCUGAAUGGUACUGGGGGGACAUCACGAGGGACGAGGUGAACGAGAAGAUGGUCGAUUCUCCGGAUGGCACCUUCUUGGUUCGCGAUGCAUCUUCUAAGGGCGGAGAGUAUACCCUCACAUUGCGUAAAGGUGGGACCAAUAAGCUUAUCAAGAUUUGUCAACGCAACGGCAAAUACGGCUUCUCGGAGCCGUAUAACUUUCAUUCCGUGAUCGAGCUGGUGGAUCAUUAUCGGACUUGCUCCCUGGCGCAGUAUAAUUCCACGCUGGAUAUCAGGUUGUUGUAUCCUGUUUCCCGUUUUCAGCAGGAUGACGAAAUUUCAAGUACAACCGACAUGUCGAAUGUCAUUCAAAAAUACGUUGAACUCGAGGAGGAGACCUCUCGCGGGUUAACAGAAUACAGAGACAUUUCGGAACUCUAUAAUAGAACGUCAUACGAAGUACAGCUAAAACGACAGGCAUUAGAAGCUUUCGCGGAAGCUGUAAAGAUGUUCGAGGAUCAAAUGAAGCUGCAAGAGAAGUUCCAGAAAGAAGCUCAACCUCACGAGAUAUCAACUUUAACCGAUAACGCUGAAUUGUUGAAACAAAGACUGAAAUCCUUAGAAGAAAGCAAAGAACAGUUGGAUCGUAGUUUAAAGGAACAAAUCGCGUACAAUAGGACUCUCGAAAGGGAACUGCAGAGGUUGAAACCGGAAAUCCAGCAGCUCAUACGUCAAAGGGACAAGCAUUUAGCAUGGUUGAAGAAUCGUGGCAUGAAGCAAAACAAAAUAAACCAGCUCGUAUCAAACCAUUCGGAUUCGAUGCCUGUCUUAGGCGAAGCGGUUUACCGGACUCUUCAAGAAAUUGACCUUGACAUUCUUGCCGACGAUAACACGUGGCUUUCUCUCGAAUGUUCUCGUUCCGACGCGGACCGUUUGCUCGUCGAUCGGCCGAAUGGCACCUUUCUCAUUCGAACCUCAAGAACUGGACAGCAUGCUCUGUCAAUCAUGUGUAAUGGUACUGUGAAUCACUGCAUAAUAUACGGGACGGAGCGGGGUUUCGGAUUCGCUGAACCGUUCAAUAUUCAUAAGAGUUUGAAACACUUAGUGAUACAUUACGCUCAGAAUUCCCUCGAGGAACAUAACGAGAGUCUGAACACGAAGGCACAGUUACAGGCCCAACAAGUGCAGAUGCAAAUGCAAAUGCACGUGCAAAAUCAACAGCAACACGUGCAAAAUCAACAGCAACACACGCAAAAUCAACAGCAACUCGCGCAGAACCAACAGCAACUCGCACAGAACCAACAGCAACACGCGCAGAACCAACAACAGCUCGUGCAAAAUCAAACGCAGCACGCGCGUCCUCACGAAAACCAUUACGUACCGCAUCAGUAAUGCCUUCUCAUGUCCCCCAGUCAUCGUGGUCAAUUUUUAAGCACACCGUUACUAUGUACCAAGUGUGCACGUAAGUCUUCGUUCACGUGGCGCGCGUGUUCUUCGACUUACAUCGAGAAACUCCGGCGACAGAAGAUUUUUCCAGAAUGUUCGUGGAAAUUGCUGUUGGCUACGAUCGUCGUGGCAUAACGUUUUCACGGAGGAAAUCAAUGCUCGACGUUUGGUCGGUCCAGUUUUAUAGAAAAGAGAGUGAGAGAAAGAAAACACUUCUUCAAGGAAGCACAAUUGUAUUAACUGAGAGGAAGAAAGAAAACGUUGCUAGCGGUAGUGGUAGUAAUCCUCAGAAACUAUAGUGAUAAAAAAAAAUUAAUUGUGUACGUACGUGUUAACGUGAACGCGGUAAGAAUUUGCUUCGGUCGACAGGACCAACGACACAUCGCGAUAGGUUUUACAAUUAGUCUCUCAGGGUCUGCAGGCCUUCUAAGUGGGUCCUUGUCGACGAUCGACUUUACUUCGGCACGCGUGCGCGCGCCCGCGCGUGUGUGUGUGUAUGUGUGAUCGUAAAACGGAAAACAAACGAAGGAGAUAGGAUUUAAAAAAAAAAAAAUUUAUGAGUUACCGUCAGUUUGUUCUUCGGAAGAGAAUCAUUUGAAUGCUGGUAAAUGUUGGCGCCACAUUUCCGAGUGCACUUAACAUUCGAUCGAAUACGUCAGAAUCACAGAGGCAUGUAUCUAGUCUUACAGACAAUUUGCAAAAUGACGAUGAACAGAAUCGGAAGUCUGAAUUCGCUCAAAGUACUCGUGACGUUGAUUGGUAAUCAGGGUAGUUGUAUGUCCGUGGUAAUCCAAUAACUAACAAAAAGACAAGCUCGUGAGAACAGAGAGGAGACACUUUUUUUUCUAGACCGCUGUACUUCUGACUUCUUCGAUACAUUUUUGUGAAUACUUUCCAAGUCCUCCGUUUUGUACGCGCGGGCUGACGCGCGGGCACUGUUUACGUCGCGAUUGUGAUCGACGAAGUAAGAUCUUCAAACAGUGAUAUUAGAUAUAUAAUUAGACGCAUCGCACGGUGAGCCUCAUCGAUUGCGUAUGGAAAAACGUUUUUUGUAGUAAUUUACAAUGAUUCUCUUGAUGUGUAGCAUCUAUGGUCGAUUUGAGAUACGAAACGGUGCAGGCUCUCGGGUAACGAGUUUCUCGACUCUGGUUCCGUUCGAUUGUUCGAUUUUAAACGUGCCCGCAGGUACCUCUCGGAGGAGACUCGUCACAACGAAAUUACACCACGGAGGUCCCGCGGUGGGAGCUUUUUUAUACGUUAGAUUUCAAAGUGCUGUGCCAGACCUGUAUGAGUGUCGUAGUAGAUCGCGUGCACGAUCGCGCCCACGCGGAGAUUAUUUCUCAAACAUGCAAAACGUAUUUGUCUGUGAUUUCGGAUUGCCGACGAGGAAGAUACAUCGUGUCUAUUGUUUUCCAUUCGCUUUUUACGAUAUCCGUUUUCGUCUUACAGUGCAAAGAAAAAAGUUACAAGAAAGAAACUACAUUUUCUUAAAAGUCUAUGAAAACGCGACGGACACAAUACCUUGCGACCGUAUGUGUAAACGUUAUUCGUGAUUUUAUUAUUCGUAUGUUUCUUAUGUUCGAAUCGAUUAGUAAUGUUUUUUUUUUAUACGACGCGUCAGAAUCAUAAUACGCGUCGCGCUCCUCCCUCUUUCAAUCGUGCUACAGCCCUCGAGAUUCCAUUAGAUGAUAGGAAAUUUAUCGGUUUUAUUUGUAGGGUGACCCAAAAUACGGAAUACGGAUAGGGGAGGUGUUUCGAAUUUCUCAAGACGCGUACGUAAAUUGCGCGAAAAAUAUGUGUCCAAGCCCUUGAUACGUUCUAGUUUCAUAGAAAUCCAAUGGUCGUUGAAGGUGAGUCGGUCUCCCAGUUCACCGUGUUCGUAUCCUCUCCGUAUAAUUUGCAGAAAUAUGAUCUACGUCUCUAAAUUAAAAAGAGACAAGAUGAAACAUUGCAAAACCGGGGGAUUAUAUCUUGACACAAUUCAUAAUGGGAGAAGAUGCUUCGAACGAUCCGAGGAUUUUGUCGCGGCUACAAUUUUUUAAAAAUUGUACUGAAACAGUUUUUUAAGGGCUUCGUCUCUGGAUAACGGAGUUCGGUACACCUCGUCUAUCCGCGAUUAAAACAAUUGAAUCUGUAGAAUAAUAUUUUUUUAUAGGAGCUUUCAUAUACCACGGAAUCGAAGCAGAAAACAAAGAAGUUACGCGCGCUUGAUUACUGAUCUCGGUAUGAAGGCCAUCGUGUUUAUACGUGACGUACACGUGAUUAAUAAUUUAUAGCCAAAAAAAUAUGAUUUCCUCAUGAUCGAUGCACACCUCGCGUACAAACACGAUGGAGGCAUACAAAAAGCUAUCCUCGGAGUGUCGAGUAUAGAGUCACACGCCGUAACUUUCAUACUUUUGUAAUCGAUCUCUUCACUAUCGGAAGCUCCCCUGAAAAAUUAUCAUUCCAUAUCUUUUUUAACCAUCGCGUCGGACGGAGUUGUUUCCGCUUGGCGUAUCUGGAAUUGUAGUUUUGAGCCACCCUAUACAUUUUG